AUGCCCGUGGCCAUGACUGAUGCCUUGCUUGUGCCUGUGGCAGAUGCCACAUCCAUGCCUGUGAUGGAUGCCAUGUCCGUGGUGGAUGCUGUGUCCGUGGUGGAUGCCAUGUCGAUGUCCGUGGUGGAUGCCAUGCCCAUGCCCAUGGUGGAUGCCAUGCUCAUGCCCAUGGCAGCCCAAAUUGAAGUGAUCCCGUGCAAGAUCUGCGGAGACAAGUCCUCAGGGAUCCACUACGGCGUUAUCACCUGCGAAGGCUGCAAGGGUUUUUUUCGGAGGAGCCAGCAGAACAACGCCAGCUACUCCUGCUCCCGGCAGAGGAACUGCCUGAUCGACCGCACCAACCGCAACCGCUGCCAGCACUGCCGCCUGCAGAAAUGCCUGGCGCUGGGCAUGUCCCGCGACGCGGUGAAGUUCGGCCGCAUGUCGAAGAAGCAGCGGGACAGCCUCUACGCCGAGGUGCAGAAGCACCAGCAGAGCCAGGAGCAGAGCGGCGGCACCAAGGAUGAGCCCGAACCCCUGAGCCGUGUCUACACCACCAGCGUCAGCAGCGGGCUUUCGGACCUGGAUGAUAUCUCCACGCUGUCGGACGGGCUCCUCUUUGACUUCCCCCUCACCCCUGAUGGCAGCAACACCUACUACAACCUUGACCUGCUCACCUCGGCGCAGCCCUCGCCCGACCAGUCCAGCCUGGACAUGGCCGACGCCACGCUCAUCAAGCAGGAGUCCAUCUACGAGCUGAUGCUGGAGCCGGCCCUGUUCGCGCACGGCGCGCUGGAGGGCGGCCAGCUGGCUCCCGAUAUCUCCAUCCUUGAGAUUGACCGGGUGGCCCAGAACGUGGUGAAGUCGCACCUGGAGACGUGCCAGUACACGACGGAGGAGCUGAAGCGCCUGGCGUGGAGCCUCUACUCCCCCGAGGAGGUCCGCGCCUUGCAGAGCAAGAGCUGCGAGGCCAUGUGGCAGCAGUGCUCGCUGCAGAUCUCCAACGCCAUCCAGUACGUGGUGGAGUUCGCCAAGCGCAUCGACGGCUUCAUGGAGCUCUGCCAGAACGACCAAAUCAUCCUCCUGAAAGCCGGUUGCCUCGAGGUGCUCCUAAUCCGCAUGAUCCGCGCCUUCAACCCCUUGAACAACACCGUCCUCUUCGAGGGGAAGUUCGGCGGCGUGCAGAUGUUCAAGUCGCUCGGCUGCGACGACCUCAUCGGUGCCGUCUUCGAGCUGGGGAGGACCCUGUGCCGCCUGCAGCUGUCGGACGAGGAGCUCGCCCUCUUCACUGCCGCCGUCCUGCUCUCCCCGGAUCGGCCGUGGCUGACGGAGUCCAAGAAGGUGCAGAAGCUCCAGGACAAGAUCUAUGUGGCCCUGCAGCACGAGAUCCAGAAGAAACACUCCGCCGAGGACAAGCUCUCAAAGAUGGUUUCCAAGCUGCCCUUGAUGAAGACCAUUUGCAACCUGCAUUUGGACAAGCUGGAAUUUUUCCGUCUCCUGCACCCAGAGACCGCCAUGAACUUCCCACCCCUUUAUAAGGAGGUCUUCAACUCGGAGCUUCAGUACAGCGACCCACGGGAGAGCUAAGGCUGGAGCCACUGGCCC